AUGAUCGCGAUUCACAACAAGCACCGACAAAGACAACCUCUAGGCUCUAGCAAGAUCUGCAAACUGCAAACUCCUCAACGCCCAGCCUCCCUUUCUUCUCCUCCUCGAAACAUCCCCUGCGCUUCACGUUGUCUCCUCAUAGUCUUCACCGUUUCUUGCUUGGCCUUGCCUCGCCUCGCCUCGCGUUACCGCACCUUACCCUACCUUACCGCCGUACCUGAGCUACACCCUGUGCUAACGCAGACGCGACAGGCCAGGAAUAUCUCCGUCUGGUGUGUGCUUCAGACGUGGGAUGAAGCUAGGCUUGCAACUAAUUUCGAAUACCACCUACUAUUCCGACACUACCGCACCAUACACUCCCAGAUACGACACGCCAACAUCGUUCUCGCCGUGUUUGUGGAGCCGCCCAUUCUUUGCAACUUGCCCGAGCCGCUUCCUCUCUGA